AUGAACAAGUCUAAGACGCUAAUCAUCCCUCCUCAGGGACUACCCCCUAAAUUGCCCACUUUCACCAACUCUAACACUGGCAUUGAGGGACUCAACCACACCAACGACGUUGAUAAAGUUACCAAGACCCUCUGCAUCGCAUUCGCAGACUCUACCCCCGGUGACUACCUCAUGAAGAAGUUCUUCAAUGUGGCCCUCGACGAACCCACCUCCAGGUCCCGUAUCGACGCCAUGAUGCAUUAUUACACCGCCUGUUACCAUGAUUUGGGUGGUGAACUCAUCGAGGCAAACUCCUUCGAUGCUGUGUCACUUUGGAGUGUUCCAGGGGCUCAUUUACCCGUCUCUUACACUAACGACCCCAAAUUCAACAAGAUCUUCUUUGAUGAUAUGGUCAAGAGGAAGAAGGCCGUCUUACCCGAGGGAAUGGACUAUUAUUAUCUGUUCAUGAUCGGGAAGGAUUUGACCCAUCCGGAAAUCAGAGGCUCUGUGAGAAAAAUAUUCCAAUAUUUCCAAAAGAGGGCCGAUGAUGAGAAUUGUGCCAUCAUCUUGGAAGCCAUCUCUGAGCAUGCCAGAUCUGUGUAUGAAUAUUUUGGUUUCAAGAACUACCUUACCUUUAAAUUCGGUGUUGGUGAGUGCGAUUCCAAGGGGAAUUUGGAUCCCAAGGGAGAGGGUUUCACUGCAUAUUUGAUGAUCUACCACAAGGACGGUGACAAGGUGUUGCGAGCAUAUAAUAUAUAA